CUUUUCUUUCUCCUCUUGAGCUUCACUGAACAUGUCUGACUUCGACGAGUCGGCCUCCGAGUCCGACUACUACUCAGAUAAUUCAGACGACUUUGUUAGUGAAUCUUCCAAGUCUUCCAAUAAAUCAAAGACUGCGAAAUCCAAAACCCCCUUAUCUGAUGCCACGAACACACCCCUUACGUCCACAGACUCGUCUAAUGGGACCAAGUCCAAGCUGAAUGCCUCUGAAACGUAUCAGAAGCUUUCCCAGUUGGAGCAUAUCUUGAAGAGACCAGACACGUACAUCGGAUCUGUGGAGAGAACAAAAAUGGAGAUGUGGAGUUAUGAUGAAGCCUCUGACGAAAUGGUAUACAAGGAAGUCUCGAUAGUUCCUGGCCUCUAUAAGAUCUUUGAUGAGAUUCUUGUCAACGCUGCAGACAACAAGAUCAGAGAUCCCACCAUGAAGAACAUCCGUGUCAAGAUUGAUCCGGAGAACAACACUAUCCAAGUGAUGAACGAUGGAAGGGGAAUUCCAAUCGAAAUCCACGAAAAGGAGAAGAUCUACAUCCCGGAAUUGAUUUUCGGCAACUUGUUGACGUCUUCCAACUAUGACGAUGACGAAAAGAAAGUUACCGGUGGUAGGAAUGGGUUUGGUGCCAAAUUGUGUAAUAUCUUUUCCACAGAGUUUCAGUUGGAAACGGCCGAUUUGAAUACCGAAUUGUUGUAUAAACAGACGUGGACAGGCAACAUGUCACAAGUGACAAAACCCAAGAUUACGAAGUUGAAGACGAAGAAAGAGUACACUAAGGUUUCGUUCAGACCGGACCUCUCCAAAUUCGGUAUGGAAUCGUUAGAUGAAGAGAUCUUGUCAGUUUUGAGACGUAGAGUUUACGAUUUGUGUGGUACCGUCAAGGAUUGUAAUGUAUACCUCAACGACAAGAAAUUGAACGUGCGUAACUUCAAGAGCUACGUCGAAAUGUAUGUCAAUGCCAUCAAGAAAAGGUCGCCUGAUACAGCCUUGGAAGAAAACAACGGUACCAAAUACACCACUGUGGUCCACGAAGUGUUCAAUGACAGAUGGGAAUUGGCUUUUGCUGUUAGUGAUGGUUCCUUCAAUCAAGUCAGUUUCGUCAAUUCUAUUGCUACCACUUCUGGAGGUACCCAUGUAAAGUAUGUAUCAGACCAAAUAAUCAAUAAGCUUGUGGAGACGUUGUCCAAGAAGGAAAAGGGCAAGAAGAAAUUAAUGAUCAAGCCACAGGAGGUCAGAAACAAUAUGUUCUUAUUUCUCAACUGUUUGAUCGAAAAUCCUGCCUUUACGUCACAGACAAAGGAACAAUUGACCACCCGUGUAUCUCAAUUUGGCGGAAAACCCAGCGAGAAAUUGGUGAUUAGUGAUAAUUUCAUCAGCAAGAUCUUAAAAACCAGUAUAGUCGAUAAAAUACGUGACAUCGCUAAUGCCAACGAAGACAAGGCUUUGCAGAAAGCCGAUGGCUCCAAGAAACUGAGAAUCAAGGGCCAAGUCAAGUUGGUUGAUGCCAAUAAGGCUGGAACCAGAGACGGAAACAAGUGUACACUUAUCUUAACUGAAGGUGACUCUGCCUUGUCCCUAGCUGUGUCUGGUUUGGCUGUUGUAGGUCGUGACUAUUAUGGUUGUUUCCCGUUGCGUGGUAAACUUUUGAACGUUAGAGAGGCCUCAGCAGAUCAGAUCGCCAAAAACACAGAAAUCAAUGCUUUGAAGCAGAUCAUUGGUUUGCAACAUAAAAAAGUAUAUACUCCAGAGAACGCGAAAACUUUGCGAUAUGGCCACAUCAUGAUCAUGACCGAUCAGGAUCAGGAUGGAUCUCAUAUCAAGGGAUUGAUUAUCAACUUUUUGGAAACUAGUUUUCCAGGCUUGUUGAACAUCCCUGGCUUUUUGUUGGAAUUUAUUACUCCAAUUAUCAAAGUCACAAUUAAGAAGCGUGGUGGAGGCAAGGAAGUGAUUCCAUUCUAUAACAUGCCCGAGUUUGAAACCUGGCGUGAAAGAGAAGGUGGAAACUCACGUUGGUCGCAUAAAUAUUAUAAGGGUUUGGGUACUUCCACUCCGCUUGAAGCACGUCAGUACUUUUCUGCGUUGGAUAAGCAUUUGAAGCGAUUCCACGCCUUGCAAGAAGAUGAUAAGCAAUAUAUAGACUUGGCCUUUUCCAAGAAGAAAGCCGACGAAAGAAAGGAAUGGUUGCAGGGAUUCCAGCCAGGAACUCAUUUGGAUCCUAAUUUGACAGAGAUUCCAAUCAGUGAUUUCAUCAACCAGGAAUUGAUCUUGUUCUCUAUGGCCGAUAAUGUCAGAUCCAUCCCAUCAGUCUUGGAUGGCUUCAAGCCUGGUCAACGUAAAGUGUUGUAUGGUUGUUUCAAGAGAAACUUGAAACUGGAAAUCAAGGUAGCCCAGUUGUCUGGUUAUGUUUCUGAAAAGACUGGAUACCACCAUGGUGAACAGUCGUUGGUUCAAACCAUUAUAGGGUUAGCCCAGAACUUCGUGGGCUCUAAUAAUAUCAACUUAUUGAAACCAAAUGGUGCUUUUGGUACGCGUGCUGCUGGUGGUAAAGAUUUCUCUGCUGCGAGAUAUAUUUUUACCGAAAUUUCCAAGAUCACCAGGGCCAUUUUCAACCCAUUGGAUGAUCCAAUCUACACAUACGUUCAAGAUGAUGAACAGUCGGUUGAGCCUGAAUGGUAUUUGCCGGUAAUUCCAAUGUUGUUAGUAAAUGGUUCGGAAGGUAUUGGUACUGGUUGGUCUACCAAUAUCCCCAGUUACAACCCGCUUGACUUAGUCGAUAAUAUCAGAAGACUUAUGAACGGAGAGCCAAUGGAAGAAAUGAAACCAUGGUUCAAGGGUUGGGAAGGUACUAUUGAGCCCAACGGUCCAGACAAAUACAAGGUAGUAGGCAAGAUUGAUCAGAUAGACGAAACUACUGUUGAAAUCACAGAAAUUCCUGUCAAGACCUGGACCAAUAACGUCAAAGAGUUCUUAUUGGCCGGUUUGGGUAAUGAGAAAACACCAGCUUGGAUCAAGGAUAUGGAAGAACAACAUGGACUCAACAUCCGCUUUGUGGUCAAGAUGUCUCCUGAUGAGAUGGCUAAGGCUUUAAAGGUUGGCUUAUUGGAAAAGUUCAAGUUGAUUUCUUCCAUCAGUAUGUCCAACAUGGUUGCAUUUGAUCCAUUGGGGAGAAUUAAGCGUUAUUCCAGCGCUCAAGAGAUCUUGCGUGAUUAUUACUAUGUCAGAUUAGAGUACUAUCAAAAGCGUAAGGACUUCAUGAUGGACGAAUUGCAAAACCAACUUACCAAAUUCAGCGAGCAAGCAAGAUUUGUCAAGAUGAUUAUAGACAAGCAAUUGUCAGUGUCGAACAAGAAGAGAGUAGACUUGGUAAAAACUUUGGAAGAUCUCAAGUUUGUUAAGUUCAAUAAGAAUAACAAGCCAGUAUCUGAAACUGGUAACGACUCCUUGUUCUUGGCUGCGGAGGAAGAUAUCGAAGAGGCAGAAGCUGAAGUUGGAGAUGUGAGCCAAUUGCUAAUUGGAGGUAUCCAGGUUGGCAACGAAGAUAACGAGCACAAACCUGAGACCAUCUAUUCCCAUUAUGACUAUUUGUUGGGAAUGUCCAUUUGGUCGUUGACCAGAGAAAGAUACGAAAAGUUGUUGCAGCAGAAAGAUGAAAAGGAACAUGAGUUAAAUGACUUGUUGAAGAAGUCUGCGAAGGAUUUGUGGAACUACGAUUUAGAUGUGUUUGUAGAAGAAUGGGAGAAAUUCUUGGACGCUGACUUGCAAGAAAGAAUGGAAAUGAUUCCUACCAAGGGCACUAAGAAGACAGCAAAGAGAACGAGAAAGCCAGCUGUAAAGCCGAUUGUAAAGAAGGAGGACGAUUCUGAACCUCCAAAAAAGAAAGCAGCUACUAACAAAUCUAAGUCUAUUACUCCUGUUCCAGAAAUCAAAGCCAAGACGGAAGUCAAGAAGGAAAAGCCUGAUGUUCUUUCUUUCUUCUCUGCCAGUUCAAGUUCUCCUAACACAAGCAUUUCCAAGAGUAAGCACGUAAUCAACUUGUUCAGUGACAGUGAGGAUGAUGUUAUUUUGGGAUUGAGUAAUGAACCUACUCCCAAGAAGAAGACAGCACCCAUAGUCAAGAAUGAGCCUGCCCCCAAGAAGUAUUCCAAGCCCAAACCCGGCACCAAGGCUGCACUCAUGGAUGAGCUUGAAGACUUGGGAGUUGUUGGAUUAGACAACAAGCCAGUAAAGAGAGCCAAGAAGAAAAUCACCUAUUCUGUCUUUGAUUCCGAAUCUGAAGAGGAAGAUGACGAAGACAUGGAAGAAGAAGAAGAAGACGACGACGACGAAUACGAAGAGGAUUAGAUAGAGUAGUUAUAGUAUUAGUAUUAGUUAUAAAUUGUUCUGAUA